CAUUAAUUUCCCCCUUUUCUUCUCAUCCACCGCAAAACUGGGUCCCGAUUCUCCCCCUUUUUGUUUGAAUUCCCGUACACAAGCAUCAACGCUCUCUAGAUAAAAGUGGUAACAGUGAAAUCUUCAAAGUUUUCAGUAUUUUCUGUGGUAAUUUCAUGAAGGUUUCUAUGAAUUAAUCGCCGUCGACAGCGGUGGUGGUGUUGGAUUUGAAGUUAGAGUGAUGGCUUCGUUUAGAAAUGGAAGGGGGACGGUGAAGGUGGAACGUGUUCAACCGACUGUUUCAGCGAAUCUAAGACCACCGGCUUUCAAAUCGAAGAAUUCUAAUGUACGACGUAGCAGUUCCGGUGCUGGUCUUAAGGAUUUCGAUGAUUCUGUCUCUGGUCGAGUUCGAGUUGCUGUUAGAUUGAGACCUCAAAAUGCUGAGGAGAUGGUGGCAGAUGCUGAUUUCGCCGAUUGUGUGGAAUUGCAACCAGAGUUUAAACGGUUGAAACUUCGAAAGAACAAUUGGGAUUCUGAUACCUAUGAAUUCGAUGAUGUGCUCACUGAGUCUGCAUCACAGAAGCGUGUUUAUGAAGUUGUUGCGAAACCUGUAGUGGAGAGUGUUCUAGAUGGUUACAAUGGGACAGUUAUGGCUUAUGGUCAAACCGGCACAGGGAAGACUUUUACUUUAGGACGAUUGGGUGAUGAAGAUACAUCAGCUCGUGGAAUCAUGGUCCGUGCAAUGGAGGAUAUACUAGCUAAUAUAUGCCGGGAUUCUGAUUCUGUCAUGAUCUCAUACUUGCAGCUUUACAUGGAGACAAUCCAAGACCUCCUAAAUCCAACAAAUGAUAACAUUUCAAUUGUUGAAGAUCCAAAAACUGGUGAUGUUUCUGUACCAGCUGCAACUCUGGUAGAUAUACGAAGCCACCAGGAUUUUAUGGAGUUACUGCGGCUGGGGGAAGCUCAUAGAGUCGCUGCUAACACGAAACUCAAUACCGAGUCUUCUCGUAGUCAUGCCAUCCUCAUGGUGCACAUCAAGAGGUCUGUUACAGAUAUGGAGUCUGAAAUCUCAAGCGAAAAUGACCACACUCUUCACAUGAGCAAUACUUCUAAGCCACCUAUUAUUCGAAAAGGCAAAUUAGUCGUUGUAGAUCUUGCAGGCUCUGAGCGCGUUCACAAGUCAGGCAGCGAGGGACACACAUUAGAGGAAGCCAAGUCUAUAAAUCUUUCAUUAAGUGCGUUAGGGAAGUGCAUAAAUGCUCUUGCAGAGAAUAGCGCUCAUGUACCUGUUAGAGAUUCUAAGCUGACAAGGCUACUUAAAGAUUCAUUUGGAGGCACUGCAAGAACAUCAUUAAUUGUAACUGUUGGCCCAUCUCCACGCCAUCGUGCAGAAACUGCAAGUACUAUAUUGUUUGGACAAAGGGCUAUGAAGGUGGAGAACAUGUUGAAAAUCAAGGAGGAAUUUGAUUACAAAAGUUUGUGUAAAAGGCUCGAGACACGGAUUGACAAACUCAUCGCAGAAAAUGAAAGACAACAGAAAGCAUUCGAGGAUGAGAUUGAGAGGACAACAAUAGAAGCACAAAAGCGUGUUUCUGAGGCUGAAAUUAAUUAUACAAAAGCUUUGGAGAGGGAGAAAAUGAAAUGUCAAAUGGACUACAUGGAAUCAAUUAAGAAGCUUGAGGAGAAGUGGAUGACCAAUCAACCAAAACAUAGAACUAAUGGCUUGGUUAAUGGCAGUCAUGGUGGAGAGGGUAACAAUCAAGUCAAUGAAGAUGCUACAGAGUUAAAGAAAAUGCUUCAGAAGGAAAUUACCUUAAGGAAACGGGCUGAAGAAGAGAUCCACAACCUUAGGAAUUCACAACUUCUCCCUAUAGAGGCAGGUGUAAAUGCUGAUAUCAUAAAGCUUCAGAAUUUACUGGAUGAUGAGACUCGUCAGAAACAUAAACUAGAAGAGGAAGUUUUGCUGUUACAAAGCAGAUUGUCACAGCUGACUUUCAGUUCUAGUCAGCCUAGAUAUUCACAACUUGACGAUCAAGGCAAUGGAGAAAGAACAUCGAUAACGAAUCUUCAUGAACAUGUUGGAUUGCAAAAGAUCUUGUCUUUGCUAGAGUCAGAAGAUGCUAAUGUACGUUUGCAUGCAGUGAAGGUGGUGGCCAACCUAGCAGCUGAAGAUACAAAUCAGGAAAGAAUAGUUGAAGCUGGUGGUCUCUCAUCACUACUGGCGCUCCUUAGAAGUAGAAGCUUUGACGAAACCAUUUGCAGAAUAGCAGCUGGUGCUAUUGCAAAUCUUGCAAUGAAUGAAGCUAAUCAAGAACUUAUAAUGGCUCAAGGCGGAAUUAGUCUGUUGGCAGUGACUGCAGCUGAUGCUGAGGAUCCACAGACUCUACGAAUGGUAGCUGGAGCUAUAGCCAAUCUAUGUGGAAACGAUAAACUUCAAGCUCGGUUGCGAUCUGAAGGUGGAAUCAAGGCUUUGCUUGGAAUGGUUAGGUCUAGACAUCCAGACGUUCUUUCUCAAGUUGCACGUGGAGUUGCAAAUUUUGCAAAAUGCGAGUCACGAACUUCUAGCAAAGGGAACAAAAAUAGCCGGUCUCUAUUGAUAGAAGAUGGGGCACUUCCUUGGAUUGUGCAAAACGCCAACAACGAUGCAUCAAUAAUUAGACGCCACAUUGAGCUUGCACUCUGCCAUUUGGCACAACAUGAAGUAAACGCAAAAGACAUGGUGAGCGGAGGUGCCCUGUGGGAACUGGUUCGUAUCUCGCGUGAUUGUUCCCGAGAUGACAUACGUGCUCUUGCUUGCCGAACGUUGACUUCUAGUCAAAUCUUCUCGUCCGAACUACGACGCUUACGAGUAGAGAUCUAAAUCAGCACAUUGAAUCAGUUUAACAAAACGACCCACCAUAAUUUUGUUUGGCCAUUCAUUCCCACUUCAUUGUGGUUGCCCCCGGUUUAUAGAGAAUAAUAAAUGUCGGUUUUUAGAAGAUUCGUAUGCGAUUAAUUGGUCCGUAAAUGGUUGGAUAAAUCGUAUUAAAAUAAAACCAACUUAAAGCCGUUUAUGAAACGCUUGCCGGGUCACGGUGUAAGUGCUUAUUGGCAAAAGUGACCAUCCUCACUUACGUUUAAAAAAAGAUUUAAAGGAAAUAAAGAAAUUAUAUCCGGUCGAACGUAAUCGGUUUCAGAUAGAUCUUUUUAAAACAGAGAAAAUAAAAAUUUUAUCAGCUAUUUUGCUUCAUUAGAUUCUUUAUAAAGAAAACUUCACGUUUAAGGAAUUUCUUCACAUUCAAUAUUGAAG